AUGGUGGACGAUGGUGGGGGUGGGCCCUCUCUGGGGGCCGCUUCAGGGCCCCAGCUGUCCCCGGGGCUGGCGCUGAGAUGGGAGAGUGGGAAAACGAGGCCCCUGCAAAGAAAGGGCCAGCCCGUCUUUGUGUCGGCCCAGCUGGCACGCAAGGAAGCUGCUCGGAGAGGGCAGCUGGGGAUAGAGCGCGCCGCACGGCAGAGCCGGGCUCAGGUCUUCCGCAGGGCAGACAAGAACGAUGACGGAAAGCUCUCGUUUGAGGAAUUCCAGAAUUACUUCGCCGACGGGGUCCUCAGCCCCGGGGAGCUGCGGGAACUGUUCCGCGGCGUCGAGGGGCAUCCGGCUGACAAUUUAGAAACAGAAAAACUGUGUGACUACUUCUCGGAACACCUGGGUGUCUACCGGCCUGUGCUGGCCGCGCUGGAGUCGCUGAACCGCGCAGUGCUCAGUGCCAUGGACGCCACCAAGUUGGUGAGUGACGCGGCUGGUGGCAGGGGCGCAUAGUGAAGCAAGAGUGUGGUCUCCUGUCCUCAGGGCUGUGGAGCGAGACGCCUGGG